GCCGGGAAUCGGGGCGGGGCCGAAGGUGGGGCCCGUCCUCACUCUGCGCCUGGAGCCGCGGCCUGGACGCUGCGCGCAGGAGAAAGGGAACGAUCAACGCUCGGCUUGCUGGGCCGCGCUUGCUUCUCAGUUGUCCGGCUGCAGCAUGGGGCCUCUCCCGCGGACCGUGGAGCUUUUCUACGAUGUGCUGUCCCCCUACUCCUGGCUGGCCUUCGAGAUCCUGUGCCGGUACAAGAACAUCUGGAAUGUCAACCUGCAGCUGUGCCCAAGCUUAAUUGCAGGGAUCUUAAAAGACAGCGGAAACCAGCCACCAGCUAUGCUUCCCCGCAAAGCUGUGUACAUGAAAGAGGACAUUAAGCGACUGGGACACCAUCUCCAGGUUCCCAUCCACUUCCCCAAGGAUUUCUUCUCUACAAUCCUUGGAAAAGGAAGUUUGACAGCCAUGCGCUUCCUCACCACCGUGAAACUGGAGCACCCCGAGAUGCUGGAGAAAGUGUCCAGGGAACUGUGGAUGCGCGUCUGGUCACGGGACGAAGACAUCACAGAGCCCCAGAGCGUCCUGGCCGCGGCAGAGAAGGCCGGCAUGUCCACAGGACAGGCCCGAGGACUCCUGGAAAGGGUCUCAACACCAGAGGUGAAGAACCAGCUCAAGGAGACCACUGAGGCGGCCUGCAAAUAUGGGGCCUUUGGGCUGCCCAUCACUGUGGCUCACCUGGAUGACAAAACACACAUGCUCUUUGGCUCUGACCGGAUGGAGCUGCUGGCACACCUGCUGGGCGAGAAGUGGAUGGGCCCUGUGCCUCCAGCUGUAAAUGCCAGACUUUAAGGAAGCAAAGCUGUUGGUAUAAACAGAAGACCAUCUGCUUACCCCUCCAGCGCGGGGCCUGGGACUCUGCUUUCCUAUCUGACAGAGUUUCCUCUGUGGCCCUGGGGGAUGCCGGGGAGGGGGCUGUGUGGUACACCAUCCACCGUUAGUCUCAUAGCUGCUGUUACUUCAGUGCCUUAUGAGAACCCCAGGCUCUGGUUCCCAAAGAAUAAACCUCAUGCCAUUCGGGAUCCUGUUUCUGGGCCUGUGUCUUUGCUGGUGUUUGUGUGUUCCUGUCCCUGCAGUCACACCUGGCCAUUCUAGGUAUUUGACAAGUACAGCUCACUGUGUGCUCCCAGCUCCUACCCACCGUGGGCCAGCUCAUGGGGAAGGAGCACGAAGCAGUGCCUCUUUCUCUUCUACAGAAGCUUCCUGAGUCUCUCAGAGACACAAAACUAAACCAGCCAGGUUUUGUAGCUAACCAGUUUGGCACUGUCUUCUGACCAGCUGCGGUGCCUGAGAUAGGGCGGCGGCCAGAAGCCCAGUGGGAGCGGAGGCUGGAGUGCAGAGCGUGACUGAGCUUGCAUCCAGGUACUGAACCAGGGUCUAGCUACUCUGACCAGAAGAACCAGGCCAAGGCAGUGCAGGAAGACUGGCCAGAGCUGCCGUGGCCUGAAGAAGUUGCACAUCCGCUCAUAGUGCCUUCCCCUCACCUGCAAAGCAGAUCCCCAGAAAGGCCCAGACCACUCUCCCUGGCCUGUGUGACCCCUGUUCCCUCCCACAGGAACCCGCAGCUGUCCCACUCCCCCAGUUAUUCAUCCAACGUCCCUGCUCCAUCUGUGACCACUAUGCAAUAAUCAGAAUGCCUCGUGUUUUGAAAAUAUCUGGGAGUUCACGCUGUGGCGCAACAGGAUCAGUGGCAUCUUGGGAGCGCUGGGAUGCGUGUUUGAUCCCUUGGCCUGCAGAGUGGGUUAAGGAUCUGGUGUUGGUGCAGCUGUGGCUUGGGUCUCGACUGCUGCUCGGAUCCGAUCCCAGGCCUAGGAACUCCACAUGCCUCGGGGUGGCCAAAAAUGAAAAAAAUAAAUAAGGGAGUUCCUGUUGUGGCUCAAUGGAAACAAA